GGGGGGCUCCGCGCUCACCGGCCGUCUGUCAGCAUGAAGAGCGCGCGCACGCUGCAGCAGCUCGCGCUGACCGUGAAGCGGAGCCUUCAUCACUCUCAUCCUGCGCAGCGCUCCGCGGGAAUCAUCGGAGCGCCUUUCUCCAAGGGACAGUCCAGGGGUGGAGUGGAGACUGGGCCGGACAAGAUCCGAGCUGCUGGGCUCGUGGACCGGCUGCAGCAACAGGGUUGCGCAGUGAAGGAUUAUGGGAACCUGACGUUUGAGGACAUUGUACCCGAUGAGCCGGUCAGGGGGUCAAGAAGAGUCCGGGCGGUGGGCAGCGCCAACCAGAGGCUGUCUGAGGCAGUGCAGGCAGCGAAGAGGGACGGACACACGGCCGUGAUGCUCGGAGGAGACCACAGUCUCGCCAUGGGCUCCAUCCACGGCCACGCCGCAGCCGUCGGCCCGCUCAGCGUUGUUUGGGUGGACGCCCACGCUGACGUAAACACGCCGCUGACCUCAUACACGGGAAACCUCCACGGGCAGCCCAUGUCGUACCUCUUAUACGAGCUGCAGUCGAAGGUUCCUGUGUUGCCAAACUUCUCCUGGAUGAAGCCCUGCGUGUCGUCCCAGGACCUCGUCUACAUCGGCCUGCGGGACGUUGAUCCAGCGGAGCACCACAUCCUGAAGCUGCUGGGGGUGAAGGCGUUCUCCAUGUCUGAGGUGGAUCAGCUGGGCGUGGCCAGAGUCAUGGAGGAGACGUGUGACUACCUGUGGGACAGAGAGAAGAAACCGAUCCACCUGAGCUACGACAUCGACGCCAUCGACCCCUCCGUUACCCCAGCAACAGGAACGCCGGUGGUAGGGGGACUGACCUACAGAGAGGGCCUCUACAUCACAGAGCACCUCUGUCAGACAGGUCUGCUCUCGGCUGUGGACUUGGUGGAGGUGAACGCUCUGAGGGGACGAACCGAGGCCGACAUCCACUCUACUGUGAGCACGGCGGUCGACCUGCUGCUCGGAUGUUUUGGACGUCUGCGGGAAGGAAACCACCUGUCAGAUUAUUCCCUGCCAGAGCCGUGACGAGAACGGUUUUCGACGAGUGCGCCGAUAGGAGCCGAACGGCGUCGCGCUGAGAAAUCCUUCAAUGUGAAUUUAUCUGCUGCUAUUGGCCCUUAAAGCGGUCAUCUUCCAGUUUUUUAGCGCUAAGUCGGUUCGCUGACCUUAAAAUGCACAGAUCAUGGGACAUUAAUGAACAGAAGUAUUAACUGUUAAUUACUAUAUGAUUAGUGUUUUAUCUAUAAAAUACUGGAGAAAACAAUAU